GAAACGCUUAGAAUUUUUAGCAUGUCGUCUUUCUUCAUCCUUGAACCCUCGUGAAAUAUCUUCACCAACAAGAUGCCGCUUGGCUUGCAGAACUUGCAUGAACAGGCAGAGGCUGCGCUGGCCCACCUGCUUUCUGGUUGUAUUGAAGGUGGCGCGAAAUCCUCGAAAAUCUCUUCUUCAAGCAUCUUCAAAACGAGUUUUUCAUCUCCGGGAGGCUCUUCUGGUGCAUCGUUUGACCCAGGUUCCUUUGCAUCCUCCAGAGCAGGUCGCAGACGUCACCAAAGGAUGGUGAUGCGGAUGGUAAGGAACGGAAAAGCCGCAACAGACCACUUUUUCACAUCUAGCACAUCAAAAACAGCUACUUCCACUUCCUUCAGUUCCGUCCCUCUCUUUGCAGAUCGUACAGGCUUCCUUCCCACCAGGCCGAUUUCCUGCAGUGCCACUGGCCACGACUUGCGAUGGGAUCGGAACAUGGCGCGGGUGGUCUGUCCCAAAAACUGCGCUCAAGACCCAGCCUCCAGGGUCAUAGGUCUCAGCGUGCAUCCAGCCGAGUCAGCUGUGUGUGCGAGUGGCAUUGCGGAUGGCGUUUUGCCGCCUCAAGGUGGCGCUUUGGUCGUUACCAAGGGUGAGCCGUUAGGAAGUUACGAGGGAACCAGUGGAGGAGGAGCCGAAGGCUCUGUAGGGAGUCCUGGUCUUAGCGAUGCGACAGGCAUAGCUGCUCAACCCGGCAGCAAUCUUGUCAGCGAUCAUUUCAAGGUUUACGCAGUAGACACGAUCGAACAAGUCGCAGGAAACAUCCGUGUCGUUGGCGAAGAUGGAUAUCUGUCAAAUCUAGGCCGUGCUGAGCUACGGACUGAUCAAGGUUGGGGUUCUGUUUGCUCGAUGAACCACGAAUCAGCGGAACUGAUUUGCAGAAGGAUGGGCUACAUUCGCGGAUGGAAAAUCCCGGCAUCGAAAUGCGGCGUCUUGUGUGGACCUAAGGGGAGUCCGGUCGCAGUUAAAAAUUUGGUGUGCAAAGGAGACGAGUCGAGUUUGCAAUAUUGCAAAAGGAAAACGCCGGAUAAAGAAUGUACUUUACAGACUUUCGCUACAACGAAUCUAAAGCCCUGCGGGGAUACACAGAAUUGAUGAUCAUUUGUCUCUGAUCAGUCUAAGGAUUCCCUUCAGCCAUAAUAUCCUUUACCAUGCUUAAUGCUCCGCCACAGGUCGCACCCACGAGCACGACUCCCUCGUUUGGUGCUCCAAUCGGCAACAUCCGUGGGACAUCGAGGAUGGACGAUUGAGACUCAUCGAUGAACGCGGAAUGCCCACAAAGACCGGGACAGGCCGAUUGGAGAUGUGGUGGGGCAAUCAAUGGCGACCGGUCCACAAGAGUUUAUACACAGAUGGAGUCGCUGCGACUGCCUGUCGGUCUAUGGGCUACACUGGGAUUCAGUUCCAUUUUCCAACCGGACACUGUGAAGACGUGAAUGGCAAAAGCUACUGCGGAAACAGUGGACCUGGAGUGAAGGACUUGCAAUGCGUGGGGUCAGAGCACGAUAUCAAGGAAUGCUCAUUCCGGAUCAUACACAAGGAAUACAGUACAACUUUUCUUCACUCCUACUACUUCUUACUAUACUACUCGGAAUAAAGAUAAACGCCCGGUUAGUUUUCCCGCUUCAUCUAGUACCCUUAGGUUUAGCCCUUCAAACAAAACACUACUACUUAUGAUAAUGUUGAACAGGCCAUUUUGAUGAUCAUAACCCGUCAACAUUGUUUAAUACGGUAGUUUGGUCUUUGAUCGAUUUUUUCAGUCGGUCAAUUAACUACCCUCCACUCAGUGCCACCCGGCAAGCAUCCAUCACCGAAGAAUAAUUUGGUUAUCUCAUGCGCCGGAUUUGGUGGUGAUCCGAGUGGGAAGGCGACUAAGGAGCUACCCCCUGCACCGGAUCCUGCGCCGUUUGUCCGCUUGGAUUUGGACUGCAAUUCUACUCUUGAAAACACAAAGCUGAGCAAAGGUCCCGUCGGCACCACCGUGAUGGGAAGAUGUCCUGCCAAGUGCGUCGGCUCAAACGGCGGUGACGUCGCCGCCGAUUUACACGGCACUGGCGUUUAUUCUGAGCAUUCCAAGAUUUGCGCUGCUGCUAUCCACGAUGGACUUUUGAAUGGCAACCAAGGUGGCGAAGUCGUCAUCACCGUAGGGCAUCCGCAGAGCAGGUACAGGGGAACGGAGCAGCAUCACUUGAUAUCAGGAGAUAAGGGGAAUAUGGAAGCUAAGAAGAAGAGUCUGGUUCUGGCACUACCGACUGAAGACAUGUUCGCACGGGCUGCGAGGGAACAUGCGCAGUUCUACGCAGGCCAGAGCGUUCUGGGGCAACCAAUGAUGCCGAAGCUCAAACAAGGAUGAAAUGGUGAGGAGUUAUCUGAUAACUUAUGAUUAUACGUAGUAGGGGCAUCAAAGCCAACGCACAGAUGAUGCAGACGAG